AUGCAAACAUCAAAUAAAAAACGAAAGGGAGAGAUCAUUGCAUCACAGGAUGAACCCACUAAAACCAAAUUCUCGAGACAGGCCCGUACACGUAAAAAUAAAAAAUUUAGCCGUGAUCAGAAACAAACCGAGAUGCUUCGCAAGCUUGAUGUUGACAUCCCUUUG